CGGACUGGAGGGAGUUCUCAUCCAGGCUUCAGUCGGUCAGUGGUUAGUGUACAGUGUUGUGUUCUGUCAACUCUCUCUCUGCCAUACCAGUUCGUAGCCACAAUAUCCUCCAUGCGGCUGGUGGUGGUGCUGUCGGUUGCCUGGGUGGCAUGUUCAACCUCUUCCUUGUCUAUCAGCCACCAGGAUCUGGAAGAAGGCAAUAGGACGUGCGAUGGUAGAGAAAGCUGUGAAGAUGUACAUGAAGAAACGCAUGGACCAACGCUGUGGAUGGGAAGAAACUGCCUUUGUGACGAAAACUGCGUCACUUAUGGAGACUGUUGCCCUGAUUCACCACACUUCGAGCUGCAACAACAGCGGCGUGGCGCGAUAUCUUUCCACUGCGAGAAUUUGCGCCAGUAUGGUGGCAUCUACAUGCGCACCACCUGUCCUCCAGAAUGGGCCGAACCAAAUAUUCGGGCAGCCUGCGAGAAUGCCUCCGAUAACGUCAGUGACCCGAUCGCUGGAAUACCGGCAACUCAUCCGCAGUCAGGUAUCACCUACCGAAACCUUUUCUGUGCCAUCUGCCACCAAGUUACGAUUAAGGAACUGGACUUCUGGCAUCCCAGAAUCGAGUGUGCUGGCAUACCGCUUAAAAUGAAUCAAAAUGUCAGCGAACUAAUUUAUUUCCACGAAGAGAAUAAAUAUUGGGGUAUUAAUUUCGAAGGUAGAUACCAUCCUUGCUCUAUCGAUCCCACGCCACCAAAUGCGACAGAAACAUUGAUCCGUCGUUGUAUACCGGAUGUGAUAAAAACUUGUGCAGUCAAUUGGACUAAUGCUGAAGUUCGUACAAGUUGCGAAGCUUACACGUCCAUAGUCUACUUCGGCGAUAAUGUGUACAGGAAUCCACAUUGUGGUAUCUGCAACAGUGUCCCGGUUCAAAUGCUUCAAUGCAAUAGACUCUUAUUCAGGGGAGGCUUUGAUAAACAUUUCAGCCUCAGUGCUUUCUCUGUUUUAUUCGAUCUUAGCGGUGGGCCGCCUGGAAUGACCCAGCCCUGUGAUGAAGACCAACUUUAUGACCCUUUUUACAAAAAGUGUCGCAACGUUCUGCAAGAGUUUCAAACGCCAAAAUAUAAUAGAGCAACUGAUGUCUCCUUGAAAUGCAAGAAAUUUGUACUACAACAAGAUGAUUACUUGGUCGAUGAUAAUUUUGUAUAUGUAAGCAAGUAUAGAAAACGAUUUAGAGAGGGUGAGUUCAAUAUCUACGAAGACGGUAGGCUGGAAAUUUGCGCAGACAAAAUCGGUAUUAUGUUGGUUGAGAAGUUCGAUCCCUACAUGGGUUAUAUCACUUUCGCGGGGCUUGGGGUCUCCAUAAUAUUUUUGCUUCUUCACCUGGCCGCUUUCUGUCUCGUUCCAGAUCUGAGGAAUCUCUCUGGAAAGAACAUGGCCUCUUUGUGCGUGGCACUACUGAUUGCAUAUACUUCCUUUGUAGCUGGUCGAUUUUUCAAAGGGAAUGUAUGUCUCGUCAUAGCCGUCCUUACAUUUUAUUCUUUCUUAGCAUCUUUUACCUGGAUGUUAACGAUGUCAUUUGAUGUAUGGCGUACUCUACGGCUGGCUACAUCAGAACUACGGGUUUGCUCUGGGAAACAAUGGCGCAAGUUUAUCGCCUACUCUUUGUGGUCUUGGCUGGUACCAGUAUUCAUAGUGUUGAUGGCUCUUUGGGCAGAGCUCUCGCCAGGGAUUGGAGCUGAUUGGAGACCAGGAUUCGCUGCUACCAACUCCUGCUGGUUUGGCCGCAGCAAGCCCUUGCUGAUAUUCUUUGCCGUACCCUUGGCAAUAGUAAUGCUGCUCAACAUCGUUUUCUUCGCUAGUUCUGCUCACAUGAUAUAUUCUUCAACGAGUACCACUCGGUUUACGGCCAGCGCCUCUACCCAACGAGACUUUAGGAUGUACCUCCGACUGGCAGUGGUGAUGGGGCUCACAUGGACUACUGGACUCAUUGCUGGGACCCUUGAUUUCGACUUACUAUGGUACCUCUUCAUCCUUCUCAACACUCUCCAAGGACUGUUCAUAUUCCUUGCGUUCACUUGCAACGAUAAAGUGAUUCGACAUUUGGCAGCUCGGCGACGAUCAAAUCCACAAGUCAUUCCCAGAUCGUUUUCCUGGUCAACUGACUCAACAAUCAAAAAGUCACAAGUGGAAUCUGAGCAGACAUUUGACACUCUGUAUUGAAAAUGUACUUUAUGUAAAUCCACAAUAUUUAAUACUUUAAUUUAUAAAUGAUUUUGAAUCUUCGUUUUAUUGAGAGUUAGCAGAUAUACUUUGUGAAUAAGACUGACUAUAGCUGUAAGCAUGUCUCAGUUGUACUUGUGAUAAAUAAGAUAUAUAUUUUUAAUAUUUAAUUUUAUAAGGACACAACCAAAAAACUUAAUUAAUCUAAUUUUUUUUAUUAUAUUGCACUUAUAGAUUUUGAAUUGCUCUACUUUUUUAAUUUUUUUUUUUUGUUACCACCUUUAGUGCCUUUAAGAAUUGUUUGUUUUUGUGACAAUCUUUUGUGAAAAAACUUUUAAGUUCUUCUUGAGAACUUUAUCUUCCAUAAAAUGGAUUAUUAACAUUAACAUAUUUAAUUCAGCAAUUCUUGUUACACUUUACCUGUUUGUCCUAAAUUUUAAUAUUUUAGUAUAUUGCUGAAACCCUGAUGAUAUUUUUUUUUCACAUUAAGCCGCUGUAGCAAGGCAAAGAAGUAGUAAAAAUAAGAAUUAUAUAGAUAUGUAAAAACCUAGGUAUUAGAUAAAUUAAAUAAGAAAGAAAGCUACACUUCUUUUAUUGACAAUAGACAGACAAAUUAAAGGGUGUUCUUUGUAAAUACAUCUGUAAUCUAAAAUAGAAUCCUUGUUAACUAACAAGAGGAGGUUACGAAGGUGAGGUCACCGAAUUAAAUGAAACUUUUUUUUGUGAUAAUAGAUCGAAAAAUAUUACACCCAUGUCCACGGAUUCUCACCAAUGCGGUCUAGGAAUCGAGAAAAAAAUAACAUUUUAUAUAAUUUAGAAUUAAAUUUUGCCUUUACUUUGUCCAGAUUUUUAGUCUAUUAUGUACCAAUUGAUUACUUUUUUUUGCGAAAAAUAAGAAAAAAAAUAUUGAUUGUAGUAGUAAAUGAGUUAUUAAGUAUUAUAGACAAUAAAAACUAAAAGGGUCUUCCAGUAAAUUAAGCUAUUUAGAGUUUUGCUGAGACAAAUAUUUAUUACAGUAUUAAAUGAAUUAUUAAGUAUCAUAGACAAUAAAAACAUAUGCAGGGUUUUGCUUUGAAAAAGAAAGUUAGAUUCGUUUUUAGCGUUUCUUAAAACUCAUAAAUCCGAAUUUUUAUAGAUAACAAAAAUUAAACAUUUUAGUACUUUAUUUUCUCGUCUUUGUUUUUCCGGCUAUCGACUAAAGCAUGCAUAACUUCUCAAGAUUUUAUCCAAAUUCAAUGUUAGUGCAACCAUUGGAGAGCUGAAUUGCCGCUCUUCUAAACAACGGCAAUUGAUUUUGUAAUGGGCUGGUGUUUUAAUUAGUUUAUGGAGAUCGCAUUCAUACAAUUCUGUGUAGUAUAAAGAGCUCUAAGUCACAAACAAUUUUGGUGUGAUUAGGUGGAAUCGUUCUGAAGUUAUCCUAACGUUUGUGGUAGGCAAGGAAAUUUCAAAGGACCCACCCUAGACAAAAAUUUCAUGCAAAAAUUUUAAUGUUUCAAUUACUAUGAAAAUUCGCAUUUUUUAAUUUUUCGGAGCGUAGAAAAUUAAUACCAAUUCGUUUCUCCCUAAAAAAAUAUUUACCCCUAUAUACCCAAGUUAGUAAGUCAAAUUUAUUCCCAUACGAUAGAUAACAGCCAAAUAUAUUUUUUAUCUAAGCCAGUCUGGUAUCUACAGUAAAGAAUUUUUUAGGGAGAAAGAAAUUUGAUAUUUGUUUCCCUCACUCCGAAAAACUCUAAAAUACAAGUUUUCAUAUCAAUCGAAACAUUAAAAUUUUUCACGUCAAAUUUUGUCGCCAACCAAAAAAACUAGGAUACCUUCAGAACGACUCCCUAUACGAACAUUAUAAGAGAGUUAGGACUCCAUAUGCUAACAGAGUGGUUUAAACGCGACCUCCGCAACCAAAUUAAAACCAAAGAUAUAAAAUAGAAAUACUUCAGAGGUUUUUAUAAAUUUCUAGCUUAAAAAGGAAUGAAUUCCAAAACCACUCUAUAUGGUUUGGCAGAGCGGCAAUUCAGCUUUCCAAAGGUUAUACUUACAUUGGAUUUGGAUAAAAUCUUGAGAACUUAUGCAUACUUCAUUAGUUAACGUCGAAAAAUCAAGUACUAAAAUUUACGAUUUUGUAUAUUUAUAAAAAUUUGUAUUUAUGAGAUUUAAUGAAAUUAUGACUGGUUCAGAAUGCUGCAAAGAUGGUUUAAUGAACAAGAAAACGGGACUAAAAUUGGAAGGGUUACCUAAAAUACCAAAGUAAAUCCAAACCGUCCUUCAUUUCUUCGUUUUACUGUUCUGGCAUUAAAGUCUCUGGGUCAUAACAACCAAAAAUUAAAUUUGGGGUUAGAAAAACCAAGAGGUAAGGUUAGUUAGUGGUCGAACACAUCAUAAUUGAUAUUAAUUUGAAAUCUUUUUUUAAAUAAACAUUCACAAUUGAUAACUAGUUAAUGAUAUUCAAUAUAUAACCUACAUUUCAGUAGCAAUCAAAAGAAAAUUGUUGGUGUUUAUGAAGUUUAAAUGGAAUUAAAUUAUCAUUAAUUACAACUAUAUAUGUAUUCAAGGGUGCCUCCCCCCCAAGAUCGAUGGCACAUGAAUCAUCCCCCUCUCCAAAAAUGUUAUUACUCUCCUCUUCUUAAAAACAGUGCAAGCGAAAAUAUAAUUAGAAAAAUCUUAUAUCAUAAAUAAUUACACUAUUUCUGUUCCUUGUUGUCCUCUUAGUUCUUAGUUUUCCAAUUAGUCCCUAUUUUGAAACUUUUUUCUCCAAAAAUUCAUAACUCCGUCAGAAUGUGCCCCCUGAAAAGUUUAAAAUUCUGUCAAAAUGUGCCCCCCUCGAAAACUUCGGUGGCGCAACUUGCGUCAUGAAACUCCCAUCUGGGCACCCCCUGUAUGCAUUGGUAUCUCACAUACUAAAGAUAAAGAUGACCCCAGUUUCAAACUUGUAUAAUUUAGUGCGAAUCAUUUGUUUUUUACAAUGGCUGGUUAUCUUAGAUCUUAAUGAAAGUUUUAUUUUUAUCUUUAAUAUCUAGAUAAUCAAAUUAUUAUAAAGUACCAGUAGCUAGUAAGAAUAAAUUAUUAAAUCUAUCUGUACCUCAAAAUACUUUGUAUAGAUUGUAAAUAAAAAUU